CUCUACGGUGAAGAUUAAAGAUAAAGGUGGUUCCACGGAAUUAAAAAAAAAAUCCGAGGAAAAAAAAUCGCAGAGUAGUGCGCAAAAUAUUUCUGCGAUUCUCCCAUUUUCAUCGAAGAAGUCUUCAGCGUCAGGAACUCAUUCGGAAAGAGCUAGGCCAAGUUUCCCUAACGAAAUUGUCUUGUCGCCUUCCCAAAUCUUUAAGAUUGAAGUUAUACUGUUGCUGAGGGUUUGGAACUGAGCUUGAGUUUCGAUUCCUGUUGAUGCGAUCGAAAGUCUCGAACUUUGAAUCAUGGAAGUGAGAUCUGAGCAACCUUUCACUAUGAACAUGCAGAAAAGCCCUGUGGCUACUCAUCCCUCCAUAUCGGGUAUGCGGCUCAUGUUCAGUCCCGAGGGUUCUGCCAUUUUUAAGCCAACUACGACCAGCUCGAACUCAAGCCCAGCUUCUCCCUUUCAUGGAGGAAGUACCGGUGCCGGUAACCAACCUUCUCCCUUUCAUGGAGGAAGCUCUGGUGCGGGCAGUCAACCUCCUCCCUUUCAUGGAGGAAGCAGUGGCGCCAUUAGUCAACCUUCUCCCUUUCAUGGAGGAAGCGCUGCUCCAGUUGGCCUCACUGACAGUAGUGGCGGUGGUGAUGGGACCUUGGCUGCGCCCGUGGUGUCCAUUCAUGGCCUAAAUGCUGGCAGCCAUGGUGAGCAGAUAAAGAAGAAACGGGGACGACCAAGGAAGUAUAGCACAGAUGGAUCCAUGUCACUUGCCCUAACCACAGUUUCCCCAACCUCCGCAGCAUCGCCUGGCAGUGCAGUGUUUUCUUCACUAUCAGCAGGGCAACCAAAUGCAGGUUUUUCAAUUUCUGGCGAUCCCAUGAAGAAGGGAAGGGGAAGACCUCCGGGAUCCUCAGGGAAGAAGCAGCAAAUGCUGGCACUUGGAUCAGCUGGGUCUGGAUUUACUCCCCAUGUUAUUACUGUUAAGGCUGGAGAGGAUGUAUCUUCCAAAAUCAUGUCUUUCUCUCAGAAUGGGCCUCGUGCUAUUUGCAUUCUUUCUGCAAAUGGCGCUAUAUCUAACGUGACGCUUCGCCAGGCUGCAACUUCUGGUGGAACAGUAACUUAUGAGGGUCGAUUUGAAAUACUGUCACUUUCUGGUUCGUUCCUUCUAUCUGAGAAUGGCGGUCAGCGCAGUCGAACUGGCGGCCUGAGUGUUUCAUUGGCUGGUCCUGAUGGCCGAGUUGUCGGUGGUGGGGUGGCUGGUCUUCUUACAGCAGCAUCUCCUGUUCAGGUUGUGGUGGGAAGUUUUAUUGCCGACGGGAAGAAAGAGCCAAAGCAUGGUAAUUUCGUCAACACUUUAUCAACAUCCUCAAAGCUUGCUCCUGCCGACGGCGGCGGCGGUGGAGGCUUGACGGUUAGCACGAGCAGUCCACCCUCCCGCGGAACUGCGAGUGAGUCGUCUGGUGGCCCUCCUAGUCCUCUGAACCAAAGCUCUGGAACUUUUAACAAUAGCAGUCAACUGGGCUUAUCAAACAUCUCAUGGAAAUGAAAAUGAAGUUGACUGUCAUGAUAUUUGUAACCCUUACUGCAGUCUUUGGUACCUUGGUUUCUUCUUUCAUAUGAUGUAGGUCUACUUGUUUCUAUUGUUGUGUGAGAUUUAUUAGAGAAGAGAACUUUAGUGGUUUAGUGUUUUAAGGGUGAAGAUGUUUUAUUCUCUGUAGAUUUAUGCUGUUUGACCUUGUUUUAAUCUAUAUGAUGAACAAUUAGUUGAUUAAGUGAUUCUCAUUCUGAA